GACUUAGCGUCGCGCGGUGUAAUUUCCAAACAAAAUAUCAACAAAAUAAUGUUUAUUGAUUGAAAAAUAUGAUCAUUUAACCUUAAUAAAGUGUAAAUAAUAACGGAAAAUAGGAAUAUUGUGCUUAAACUUCAAUAAAAUCCCUGAAUUUCGAGUGAAUUUUGAAUUUAUUGUUGUGUGAAAAUUCUGUCGUGUCGUUUUUGAAGAAAUUCGUGAAUUUUUAUUUGGUCUUCCAGGUGUGUUGGUGUAGUAGUAGUACAUUGCUUGUCCGGUCAUCUGAGUGAGUGGAGUGUAUUCGUAUUGUAGGUACAAGUUGUUUUUUUGCCUACUACGCUGCGCUGCGGUCGGUGGAGUUAUUUUCAGAUAAAUUCGCUUCGUUCGUUUCGUUUCUCGCUGCGCUGGCGCUGUUGGCUCUGGCUGGCUAAAGUAUCUAAACCCGGUUUUGGGAAGAAAUUCUUGUGAGUUGUGAUUGUGACUACCGUGAUCGUGCUCUUGCGCCGCACCUCAUCGCUCCAACCCCGACCCGGACCCGUCCCAACCGAACGGCGCGGCGAAGCAAACCGAUCACUUCGGCGAUCGGCGUUCACGUUCACAUUCCAAACUUUUCUUGAUCUUUUUUUUUAUUUUUGACGCGUUUGUUCUCUUUUUCGCUCGCCAUAAAAAAAUAUAUCUUUCUCUGUUGUUUUUCGGGCAACAGUCGUGGUCCCGUUCCUGCAACAACUUUUGGUUUUUGUUUAUUUUGGAGAAAAGAAUAAUUGUGUGUUUUUUGUUUUCUAUCACUUACAUUUGGCGGCGCGGCGAUAGCUUUGGUGCGAGUGAAUGCGUCCAUACGAUAGCAUACCUGAGUGCAAAUGAAUGUGUACAGGUGCUACAGGUGCAUCUUGCGAAUUUAGAUAUACUCGUAUCUCGUUUGUAUGUAAAUCUUCGUUGCUAUAGAUAUUUUUAUACAUCUAUUUAUCUGUGAUAACUGUGUUUACUUUAAAGAGGAUACACUGUCGUGUGUUUUUUUAGCAACAAAAAAGAGAAAAUAUAUAAAAUUGAGUUCAAUUUUCAUUCAUAAAAAAAUAAGAAAUACAAAACACAAAUAAUUUCUGCGUGCAAUUAAUGAAAAAGAGGCAAAACCCAUAGCCAACGUCAUCCAACCCAUCGUCACGUCUUCGGUCGGUCGGUUCAGGCUCCAGAGUUUGUUUACCUAUUUUGUGUUUUGAAUUCUUAAAAUCUACAUAGCUACCUAUCUACGUUUGUAUAUCUAAUCUGGUUGGAGCCGUAAUUAACUUUAGCUUUAGCUGACUGGUUUUGCGAGAUUUUUUUUUUUGGAUUUACUUGGCAUUUGGGGCGAUAUACAUAUACCUACCUACCUGCCUACUUCUUGUUCGGAGGUUAGGUACCACAACCGGCAGCAAUAAAAACCUAAAUAUUUCAACACAUCAUCAACUGGAAGUGGAACUGGGAGACUUUUCUUGGCUGAAUCAUUCUAAAUCAACUGUUUGUAAUAAACCCACGUCAUGGUAUGAAGGAACCGAACAAUUUGGAAGAUAUUGCCGGGCCAGGACGGACAAGCACACAAGAGGUGCCCGGAAGGCUGACAUCUGCCGAACUAAGGGCAAUGGCACUUCGGCAGCAACAACAAAUCGAUUCUCAGCACCAGCUGCUUGCAACCAAAGAACAGCGUUUACGUUUUCUUAAAGCACAAGAGGUACGCGGAGCGGCUGCUGCUGCAGAGGGUGAACGCUUGCGACGAUUACGUGAGCGUGUCGAAGCGCAGGAGUCGAAAUUACGUCGGUUGCGGGCGUUACGUGGGCAAGUUGAUCUGCAGAAAACCUACAAUGUUACACUUAGCAAUGAUCUGGACUCAAUUCGAGCGUUAUUUAGUGAAAAGGAAAAAGAACUAAGUUUGGCUGUAGCUAAAGUAGAAGCUCUUACGAGACAACUUGAAGAUUUGAGACGUGAUCGAAGAGGUCCCCUUAAUCUUAUACCUGGUAAUGGAUCAUGUAAUGCUGGUCAGCCACUGCCAACGCAGGCGGCGCGAGAAUUGGAGAAGCUCCGUAGAGAAUUAAUGUACCGAAAUCAACUAUCCCUGCAACAAGAUGCACGCCUCCAUUUACAACGAGAAGCUUUACAGCAGCGGCAAGCCGAAUUACGUUCAGUUGAUCAACGAAUAUUCGAGCUUCAAACGAGGCUUCAAAAGAAAAAAGCUUCAAAUCUUAAUUUGCAACAACAGCAACAAAACAGCCCACAGAUUUCUCCAAAAGAACGUUCCCAGCAACAGCAGCAACAACAACAGCAGCAGCAACAACAACAACAGCAACAACAACAGCAACAACAACAACAACAGCAGCAGCAACAACAACAAAAACAACAAGGUACUUCUUUAUCAUCAAGAUCAUCAUCGCAACUAAAAUCAACGCAAAAGUCUUCAUCGGCGGGAAGCAAUAAAACUCAACAGCAACAAUCUUCAACGGUUUCUACAAACAUACCGCUAAGUGUUCGACCCUCGAAUAGUGUCUAUCCAUCACAGCGAGUAGUUCCACGUGGCAAUGUGGCCGCUGUAGAACCCUACAUCCAUACCCCCCAGAAAUCGGCCAUAACAUCAACAGCCGCCCUUGUGAACGCCAAUCACUUAACCAAACAAUCAGCGGCAACAGCAAAUACUAACCAGCAAAAUCAGCUAAUACAAGAUUUGACUAACCUCAAACUUAACUUGGCCCAUGUUAACUCCAGCGUGAGUGUCAAUCAUUUGUCGUAUGCCGAAAGUGACGAAACGAAAUUGGCGCGACAAAAACUAUCUGCUUUACCAACGACUAAGGUGACAUCGAAUAAUACCUUCAACAGCCCUCAAUCGCUUAACAAAGACAGUGAAAAUGACAAUUCCAUUGAUCCCUCAUCAAAAAAAUCGUCCCUCUCAUCGUCCUCGGAAGCCUCGCCAAAGUCGAACUCUCUGCCAUAUAGUAGUAAGAUACCGAAGAGCAUUACAGUCAAGCCAGUAGUGACUACAACUAACACGAACGCAUCGAACGAAUGCGAUUCCGAUAAGGCUGGGGAAGUGUCCGUGACCACAGCUCACCAACUCACCGUACACAGUACCCCGUUGGGAGUGGUGAACAAAUCCGUGGCACUUCCCAUUAGCACUGCUACAACAACUAGUACUACAACAACGGCGCCCAGCCAGCAGCUGACGACCAUUGAGAGCAGGCCAGCUGUAAAACCAAAAGCACUUCAUCACCAAAUUCCAUCAGGAAACCUAGUUGUUCCGCCACGGAAGCCGAUAAGCAGUGUUGCUCCUACUUCAGUGACAAGUUCUAUUCCGAAAAUUGUCGCCCAUAGUCCCAAAGUGAAUAAGGUCGCACCUAGCGUAAUCUUGGACUCGGAUAAGUCCCGACCUGCAUUGCCACCGAAACCCAGCAAACUCUCUCCCACAGGAUCAGAUAGUUCCAUGCAGGUCCCAUCGACAGCCCCAACUGUAGUUAGUGUAAUAAAUAAGGCUCCUAUUUCUGAGCCGAAUGAAACAGGCUUAGCGAACUCGGUAGCCAGCAGCCAUAACCCUGACAACUUACCCAUCAAGGCAAGGCCGCUGACCAUCCGAAAACAACCGCUGUCGGAACAGCCACGACUGAAAUGUGUUACCUCGGGUCUGAAACCAGUCCACCAAUACAACUCCAGGAGAAUAGAAAUGCCUCCCGCGUUUCUCUUUCCCGAAAUUGACCGAGCAGACUUGAAAGAUAAACCAAACAGUGCUGCCCCUCCAUCGCAGCAGCAGCAACAGCAAACAGAUGUGAAUGCCAACAGCAAUUCCAUCGAUGAAACCGAUAAAUCUGUUUCAAGCCAGGCCAGUGAGGAGAAAUCUCCGGACGAUGUUAAGCAUCGCUUGAGACACGAAAAUGGCAAGGCGAAGCUCGCCAGACGAGUUAGUUUCGACCCACUGGCCUUACUGCUGGACGCCAGUCUGGAAGGUGAGCUGGAACUAGUGAAAAAAACUGCAAUGCAAGUGCCCAAUCCAAGUGCAGCCAACGAUGAGGGAAUAACAGCCCUUCACAAUGCCAUUUGUGCAGGGCAUUUUGAAAUUGUCAAAUUCCUUGUUGAAUUCGGCUGUGACGUAAAUGCUCAAGAUUCCGACGGCUGGACGCCACUUCAUUGUGCGGCCAGCUGCAAUAACCUCUCGAUGGUCAAGUUCCUGGUGGAAAAUGGAGCAUGUCUUUUUGCUGCCACACUCUCAGAUCACGAGACUCCGGCUGAAAAAUGCGAAGAAGAUGAAGAAGGUUUCGAUGGAUGCUCUGAAUACCUCUACAGUAUCCAAGAGAAGCUCGGCAUCCUCCACAGUGGGGAGGUGUAUGCAGUGUUCUCCUACGAUGCUCAACAAUCCGACGAAUUAAGUUUCGUUGUCAAUGAUCGAUUAACGAUACUGCGGAAGGGCGAUGAUGCUGAACGUGAAUGGUGGUGGGCGAAAAAUUCCACUGGAGAAGAAGGUUACGUGCCACGGAAUCUGCUAGGGCUCUACCCACGAGUCCCACUGCAGACUACAAACUACACCGAUUAGCAGUUAUUUAAAUAUUGGAUAUUUAAAAAAAAGUCCGGCCGGAUAGUACAGAAGCACUACAUAUCAAAGUACUUGUAAAUUGAGAGACCAACUAUUCUACUUUAAUAACAUUAAUAAUAAUAAUACACUUUAAAAUUACAAUAAAUAAUUAUGAAACACUAAUAAGGGAAUAUCAUAAAUUCCAAAAGAACAACAAUAAACAAAAAAUAGCACUUAAUUUUGCAAUGCACGCGAACAACAACAAAUUGAUUAAUUUAUUUUACAUUCAAUUUUUAGAAUCAUAUAUAUAUAUAUAUAUUAUAAUUAUAUGUUUACCUUAUCUACUUACCACCUACCUUAUAUAAAUAUAACAAAUAAAUAAAUAAACUUAAUACUUAAAUCAAAAGAAUUAAUUAAACAAGUAAAAUGCAAUGGAAUAUUGUUAUGUAAAUUAAAUUUAAAUUUAAAAAAACAAAACUAUGUUUAAAAAAGAAAAAACAUACUCGUAUAUACACAAGUAUAAGUGAUUGUAUAAAAGAAUUUAGUUAACUAAGUGGAAUUGCUCCGAGUUUCCAUCUUUAAACAAAAAGGAUACAUAUUAUAUAUACAUAUAUCAACUGUUUAUAUUUAUAACAAAUCAAAAACAACUAAAUUAUAAUCUAAAUUGACAAAUGACAACAUUGAAAUUACCAACAAGAAAUACAACAUUUAAUUGUUAGGAAUACACGAUUAUAUAUAUUAUAUUAUAUUGAAAGUUAAACAAAUUAA